UUAAUUAAACGUAAACAAAAUUUUAGAUGAUUACAUAUAUAAAUGAUUUGAAAAAUAAUGAAUUUAAAAAUUCUUAAAAUAGACAUUUUGAUUGUACUUCUUCCCUUUGUAAGUGCAAUAAUUGUUAAUGAUCCAGCCCACGUUGAACUAGCUGUGUCUGAAAAAACACCAGUUUGUAUCAUUUGUACAAAACGCACACAAUGGGACGAUAGUAACUUACCCCCAAUUUUAGCAUAUUGUACUUGCGCAAUAUUGUCACCGAAAAUGGUAAUAACUGCAAAAGCUUGUUUUAUUCAAUUUAACUGGUAUGUGUAUAUAAUUGAAGACACGAAUGGUACCAUCUUUGAUGAAAUAAAGCACUUAGAAGAAUCACGUUUAUAUAAAAUAGCUCAUGUGUAUGAUUCGGAUCGUAUAACAGUUGCGUAUACUGAAAAAGUAAUUGAACAUGAAAACUACAGUAAAAUGUCGUAUAAUGUUAAAAAAUCGCAACCAGUGGAUCAAUGCUAUUUGGUGAGCUAUGUAACACCAUCAAAUAAACCAAUUAUGAGUACAAAUGAAUUGGAAAUAUUAAAAAGUAUAUGGAAAGUUGGUAGUACAUUAAUUAAGGUACCUGUUGAGAUUUCAGGGUAUGAAGAUUCUCCAUGCCAUUGGAAACAUUCUUUUGAUCAACCACCACUAAAAACUGGUAUUGAACCUGGAUCUUUGCUGUGUAUUACACCUAAAAGUGUCUUGUUUGAUACAUGUGCCCCAGAUCUAGGUGCACCAAUUUUUUGUGAUGAUAUUCUUGUGGGAAUACUUUCAACAAUGAUUAAUCGCCCACCAGAUGGAAUUCAAAAUUCAAGAUCAAAAAUACCACUUCAUGUGCCUAAUUCAUGUUAUACUCCAUUAAACAAUUCAAGUAGUAUUGAAGAAAAUUAUUCGUACCUAGCAGAGAAUUUAAAAUAUUAUGAUGUGCAUACAUUUAUUGAAGGAAUUAUUGCACGUCGUCAAGUAUUGGAUAACAUGGAAGCGGCAACCGAUGGUGAAGAUAGUUUAUAUAUGCUGGAUUAG